AUGCGAGGCCUUGUGCAAUUCAUAGCGGACCUUCGAAAUGCAAGAGCGCGAGACUUGGAAGAGAAGAGGAUAAAUAAAGAGCUUGCAAAUAUACGGCAGAAGUUCAAAGAUGGGAACCUCAAUGGCUAUCACAAGAAAAAGUACGUAUGCAAGCUGUUGUACAUCUAUAUCCUGGGUUGGAAUGUCGACUUUGGCCAUCUUGAAGCUGUCAAUCUUAUAUCGGCGAACAAAUUUUCAGAGAAGCAGAUUGGUUACCUUGCCGUUACUCUCUUCCUUCACGAACAACAUGAGCUGCUUCACCUCGUUGUCAACAGCAUCCGCAAGGAUCUAAUGGAUCACAACGAACUUUUCAAUUGCUUAGCGCUGCAUGCAAUAGCAAACGUUGGAGGUAGGGAAAUGGGGGAGGCUUUGAGUGGAGACGUUCAUCGGCUACUCAUAUCUCCUACCUCCAAAGCUUUUGUCAAGAAAAAGGCCGCACUUACACUCCUACGGCUGUACAGAAAGUAUCCAAGUAUAGUCCAGCAAGAAUGGGCCGAACGAAUAAUAUCCCUCAUGGACGACCCAGAUAUGGGUGUCACGCUUUCUAUCACCUCACUCGUAAUGGCACUAGCGCAAGAUCAGCAGGACCAAUAUAAAGGAGCUUAUGUCAAAGCAGCACAGCGCUUGAAAAGAAUUGUUGUCGACAGCGACAUCUCCCCUGAUUACCUCUACUACAAGGUGCCCUGUCCAUGGAUACAGGUAAAGCUACUACGACUCAUGCAGUACUUUCCCCCUUCAGAGGACACAUAUGUACGUGGCACUAUCAGAGAAUCGUUACAGCAAAUACUUCACGAAGCGAUGCUUAUGCCUAAGAACGUGCAACAAAAUAAUGCCCAAAAUGCAGUGCUAUUUGAAGCCAUCAAUCUUGUGAUACACCUCGACGACGAGCAUCAAUUGAUGGUGCAAAUAUCCUCGAGGCUUGGGAAAUUUAUUCAGUCUCGUGAGACUAAUAUUAGAUAUCUAGGUCUUGAGGCGAUGACACACUUCGCUGCUCGAGCAGAAACCUUAGAUCCUAUCAAGCGGCACCAGAAUAUAAUCAUGGGAGCUUUGCGCGACCGAGACAUUAGUGUGAGAAGGAAGGGCUUGGACCUUCUCUACAGCAUGUGUGAUUCGACCAACUCACAGCCAAUCGUUAAUGAGUUACUGAAAUAUCUCGAGAGCGCUGAUUUUGCCAUACGUGAAGAAAUGGUGCUGAAGAUUGCGAUACUGACCGAGAAGUAUGCCACAGAUGUACAGUGGUACGUCGAUAUCUCAUUGCGACUGAUUGCCAUGGCGGGCGAUCAUGUCAGUGAUGAAGUCUGGCAUCGGGUCAUUCAAGUUGUCACAAACAACGAAGAGCUGCAGAUAUACGCAGCUCAGAACAUCUUGAGAUACUUGAAAGCUGAGCAGUGUCACGAGACUCUUGUCAAGAUUGGAGGAUACCUUCUCGGCGAAUUUGGUCAUCUGAUAGCCGACACAAGGGGCUGUAGUCCCAUCGAGCAAUUCCUGGCAUUGCAGCAUAAAAUGCAGGGUUGCUCCUCAAGCACCAGAGCCAUCCUGUUAUCCUCUUUCAUCAAAUUUGUUAAUCUAUUCCCUGAGAUUAAGCCUCAGCUUCUCCAUGUUUUCACCGCAUACAGCCAUACUCUUGAUUCGGAGCUUCAACAACGUGCUUGCGAGUACCUCUCACUUGCUACGCUACCAACCGACGACCUCUUGCGCACCGUCUGCGAUGAGAUGCCGCCUUUUCCAGAACGAACUUCCGCGCUCCUUUCUAGACUGCAUAGUAAACAUGCUACAACGAGUGACAAACGCACCUAUAUAGUUGGCGGGCGAGGGGCCAAUGCAGAUGCAAAGGAAAACCAACUAGCUCAAGCCCGUGGACUCAAGCGCUCCUUUACGCCCAAUGCAAACGGAACAUUAUCUCCUACCGACAGCACCACGAAACUCACAAACGGUUCAGGCUCGCCAAAGCUGAACGGUUCUUCAGCUGAUUUGGAGGGUCUAGUCAAUGGGCCGUCUUCUAAACCCCCAAAUUUUGCCUCAGCAGCUCAUUUGUCUCCUGGUUGGGAACCUGGCUAUCGUCGACUCUUAGCUAGGGCAGAGGGUGUCCUCUAUGAGGAUGCACAGAUUCAGGUCGGUCUUCGCUCAGAGUACCGCGGUGCUUUAGGUUGUCUCAUCCUUUAUUUCACAAAUCGCUCUUCGUCUGCCAUUGCUUCCUUCACAACUACCCUCGACAACCCUAACCCGGCUUCCCAAUUGCGACUUGAUACGAAAUUUGUCCCAGAGACGAACAUCAACUCUCAAGAGCAGGCACAGCAGACCACAAUGUUCGAAGCUAAAGCCGCUUUUUCGCUCCCACCAACGAUUCGUAUUAGUUAUCUUGCGGGCGCACUACAAGCUCUGACCCUUCAACUACCUGUACUGUUACACAAAUACAUAGAUAAAGCGCCGCUAGAUGCUGAUGACUUUUUCAAACGUUGGCGUCAGAUUGGUGGAGCACCUCGAGAAUCGCAACGGGUCUUCGGGUUAACCAAUGGUCGUCGGAUGGGUGAUAUGGACUGGAUGAAGCAAAUAACUGAAAGGCUUGGAUGGGAGGUGUUGAAAAAUGUUGAUUCAAAUGAGAGGAAUGUAGUCGGAGCGAGCGUCUGUCAUACAAGUUCCAGCAAGGUGGGCUGCCUGAUGCGGCUGGAGCCAAAUUGGGACUCUCAGCUUUUUCGCGUCACCAUUCGAACCACGGACGAAAGCGUAGCUCCCGUCCUUGCGAGCAUUCUCGAGGACUUUUACUCUCAAGGGGUACCAGGAGAAAGCAUAGAGCCAACAUCUACAAUCGUGUUGCAGUCAAAAGAUGCCUACUUCGUCGAUAUUCGCAUAAUUACAGAGGACCACCAUAAGGAGAACCAUGUCUUCACCGGUGCGACUUUACAGUGGGCUUUCGCAGGAAGAUCCCGAAAUUCGAAGGAGACUAAGAAUGAGAAUGGAGAAUUGAUGCGUUGGCAUACAGUCUGGGACCACUGGAUUGACAAUCAGAGUGAUGCAGCCGUAAGUGAUGAAGCAGACAUGAGACUUCAGGAAGAUGGGCUUGUGCUCGAGGAGGGCGUGAAUGUCGAUACCCAUACCGGGUUGGAGCAGAAGUACGAAGAGAUGUGGGAAGAUCUACCGGUCGAAGCCUUCGGAAAGAAGGGCAAUAAGAGCAGCAUAGUUGUUAGAGGCGAGGACCCUGGGAAAAGGGUCAAAGGCCUAGUCGUCAAGGUUGGGGGAUGGUGUCAGGGGAUAUUGAAGGAUGAAGAACAGCUGACCGCUGAAAGAUGGCGUCGGCGAGAGCAGACCGAACUGCUCGAAGAUUGUCAAGGCGUGACAAGGCAAAAGAACUGGGAUUGCGUCUACAGGAUUGGGAACGGUGUCUUGCCCUGCGAAACCAUAUGUGAGAAGACCGACGGGAAGACUGGGGCUACUUCUGUGAUGCAGAGCGACGACAAUGACAUUGAAUGGAGAGUCGUCGAAGAGUAUUACUAUUAA